AUGUUCGACACGCUCGCGUCAACCUAUGAGGCCUCUACCGGUGGUUGCACCCGUGAGGUUGCCAUAUAUCUCGUCGACAUACUACCUCCGAUUGACUCCGACUCCGUUGUUCUAGACAAUGCAUGCGGAACUGGUAUUGUCGCGCAAGAAAUUCUGUUCAAGCACCCCGACACUCCGCUGAAGAUUACCUGUGUCGACAACGCAAAAUCAAUGGUCGAUCUAGCACACCACACCGUUUCUGCUACGAAAUCCUCGGCAACUCUAUCCUUCGACGUGAUCGACGGCAUCGACCUGACAUACCCCGAUGAGAUGUUUACACACUCCAUCACCAAUAUGGGCAUCUUCUUCUUCCCCGACGCAGCAAAGGGCGCAGCUCAGAUCUAUCGCACGCUCAAACCAGGCGGCACUGCUAUUGUUACUAGCUGGAAGUCCGUGGGUCACAUGUCUGUUGUACACGAAGCGCAAAAAGCCGUCAAGCCAGAUGCGCCCUUGUUCCGCUGGCCUGUCUCGGACGAUUGGUACGAAGGUCCGCACUUGAAGAAGACGCUGGAAGGUGCAGGAUUCAAGGAUGUUGAGUUGCAAGAAAAGACAGUGUACUAUGCGUCAAAGAGUGUGGAAGAGACUUGCGGUUAUUUGUUUGGCAUGUGGAAGCAUAUGGGACCAAAGUGGACGGACGAGGAGAACGAAGAGUUUAGGAAGCAAUUGAACAUUGCUGGGAAGAAGGCGGCAGUUAAGGUUCAGAGGCCGUUAAACGGGAAAAAAGACGCGGAUGUGGUUGAAGUAGAGGGGUUUCCAUGCGUAGCGCAUGUCGCUAUCGCUAAAAAGUGA